AUGCCGGUGCUGGCGACCACCAACUUCAACAUCAUCCUCAGCGUGCUGGGGGGAUGGGUGUCGCUCUUCGGCUUGGUCUCGUACCUCUGCAAAGAGAGUUUCUAUCUCUCUGAGGCCUUGAUCUCCCUCCUCGCGGGCGUGGCCCUCUCCCCGCACGCAGCCAACUUCAUCCGUCCGAUCGACUACGCCCUCGGCUCCGAGGAGAACCUAGCCGCCAUCACGCUUGCCUUCUCCCGCCUCGUCCUCGGCGUCCAGCUUGUCCUAGCCGGCGUCCAACUGCCGUCGCGCUACCUCAAGAAGCAAUGGAAGCCCCUCGCCCUGCUUGUCGGCCCUAUCAUGGCCGCCAUGUGGAUGGCCACCAGCCUGCUGGUGUGGGCACUAGUCCCUGGUUUGCCGCUACUGCAUGCCAUGGCUAUUGGGUCGUGUGUCACGCCGACCGACCCUGUGUUGUCCGCCGUUAUUGUCAAGGGCAAGUUUGCCGACCAUAACGUGCCCAAGGAGCUGCAGAAGAUUAUCAUUGCGGAGAGCGGCGCCAACGACGGGCUAGGGUAUCCAUUCCUGUUCUUUGCGCUGUAUCUGAUCAAGUUUAUUGGAUCAGGCUCCUCACCAGGCGACGGGGGCGCGCGGGUGGCGAUGGGCCUGUGGUUCGGCGAGACGUGGGGCUACACGAUCUUGCUGAGCGUGGUGUACGGUGCUGUGGUGGGCUGGCUGGCGAAGGAGCUGCUGCAUUGGGCAGAGGAGCACAGAUUUGUCGACCGUGAGAGUUUCCUCGUCUUUGCCAUCUCCCUCGCGCUCUUUAUCGUCGGGACGUGUGGGAUGAUCGGCAGCGACGACGUGCUCGCGUGUUUUGUGGCGGGGAACGUGUUCACCUGGGACGACUGGUUCCGCCUUGAGACGCUUGACGACUCGCUGCAACCGACUAUCGAUAUGUUGCUGAACGUCUCGAUCUUCAUGUGGUAUGGCGCCGUGUGUCCGUGGGACCGGUUUCUGCAUAACGAGGUGGUGCCGAUUGGCCGGCUGAUUGCCCUUGGGAUUCUCGUCCUGCUGCUUCGCCGUCUGCCCUGGGUGCUUGCCUGCCACAAGUGGAUUCCGCAGAUCGAUGAUAUCCGUCAAGCCAUCUUCGUGGGCUUCUUUGGCCCCGUCGGCGUCUCGGCCAUCUUUUACCUGUACAUCACGCUAGAAUUUCUGCAUACGCUGGAUGUUGGCGACCAGCCUCGGUCAGACCUCAAGGCUUUGCCCGAGGCUGUUUUGGUGGUUGUCUGGUUCAUUGCCAUUUGCAGUAUUGUUGUCCACGGCCUGAGCAUCCCGCUCGGCAAACUCGGCUUCUAUCUCCCGAGGACCCUCUCCCGGUCCCUCAUGAGCACCUCUAGCGAUGAGCCUGACUUAGUGCUCCCAUUCUCCCUCGGUAACAGAGUGACCUCCUUUACCCUCCGUCGACGGCCAGGGGCUGGCGCAAGGGCCGGAGCGGGGGCAGGAGUGGAAUCCGGAACGGGAACCGAAGAGGGAACUGAACUCGACACCGUCCAGCCUGAUUCUAAGGGGCACGGGGUCUACAGGAUUGGUGGUUCCGUGAUUCCCAACCGCCAUGAAACGACUGGUGGCGGCAUUCUUGAUCGACGAGAUGGGUCGGAUCCUACGAGGAACACCUCGGCGGAUAUUGGAGAUGCGGAACGUGCUUCGUUCCCGCGGAACUCGGGCCCGUCAGGCGGACGGGCGAUUCGGUUUCCGGAUGAGCCGCCUUUGACGAGUGGGCAGGCGGCUGAAAAGGAUGCCAUCACACCCGCUUAA